GUCGACACCGAGGCCGGACUACCGGAGGCGGCCCAACAACAGUUCAAAAUCACCACACAGCUUAGCAACAUGGCGCUCGAUUUUGCUGCUACUUAUAAAGUACUUGUGCUUGGUGAUUCUAACGUGGGCAAGACGUGCAUUGUCCAUAGAUAUUGCGAUGAGCGUUACUAUGACACUUAUAUAUCGACUAUUGGCAUUGACUUCAAGCAGAAGAUCAUCAAUUUAGAUGGCACACCGAUCAAAUUGCAAAUUUGGGAUACUGCCGGUCAGGAGCGUUUCAGAACCCUAACCACCGCCUACUACCGAGGAGCCAUGGGAAUCCUCCUCAUGUACGAUGUCACCAGUCUCGAGAGUUUCAAUCAUUUGUCCUACUGGCUGCGGAACAUUCAAGAAAAUGCAUCACCCGACGUGGUGAAAGUUCUGGCAGCUAACAAAUGCGACGCGACAAAUCACAGAGCCGUAGACAUCGACCGAGGGCAAAAAAUUGCCAGCGAUUUCGACAUGCCCUUUUUUGAAGUUUCUUGCAAGGAGAACAUCAACAUAGAGGAGGCUUUUCUCACACUCGCCAGAAGGAUACGGGAGCAGAGAGGUCGAAGGGCGAGUUUGUUUGAGGCAUCAGAGAGAGAAGGCGCAGACAGCAUCAUAAAAGCGCAAUCGCCUUCACAACAAGGGGAUGCUUGGAGGUGCUCCUGUUAGCCAGCUACAGCUGGUGAAAUUGAAAAAAAAAAAAAUUCGAUAUACGAGGUCGAGGAACCUCCAGCAAAACAAACGCUGAAAUUUUUUUUAUCAUUUACUAGUUGAAAUGAUCGUUUGUAAUAAUCAUUUAUCACAAAUUGUUGGCAAUUAAUGUGUAGAACUGCAGCACAGGUGCAUCUCAAUCACUCGCCGAAUUAUUGAUUUAUAACUUGAGCAGCGAAGAAGUGAAAAAAUGGAGGUAUGGUGCAAUAGUUGGAAUAAUUCACCUUUUUGCUGCUCAACUCACUAGCGAAGUGUUAAGGUAACAUUGAUCAUGAAAAUCAUCAAUUUACGAUUGAAAUUAGUAUUUUUUCUUACUUUCAAUGUGACUUCGCUUCUGGAGUAUUCUGAGUUAUGUAUUAAGGAGGGCCUAAUUACGCAAUUAUGAUCAGCACAAUCGAUACUCGCGAUAUAUUAUAUUUGAAGAUGAUAAGGAGUAACAAAUUAAACCAAAGACUUCAUCAAGCGCAUUGUGAUCGACGUCUUUUGAGAGAUGGGAGGAGGUAAAAUUAAAUAGAGGACCACGAGUUUAGAUUUCUGUUUCAUUGGAACAGAUCGGUGGAAGGGACUUAAUGAUAAUUCAAAGCAUAGACUGCCUGCUCCUAUUGCUGGACGCUACGUAUUAUGGUGUACACUAAGUGGUAAAAUAGGUUUACGGAAUGAUCGGUUUAAAGCGGAGUCAAUUAACGCAUGACUGAUGCUUUAUUAUGUGCGAUGCAAUCAUUUUGUGCGGUGAAGGUGUGGCGAUUUUUAACAUUCCAUUGGAACAAAAUUUAUUUAAUGAUUUAAUCAUCUGUGAAUUAUAAAAUUUAAGGAUAAUAUGUCCCGCAAUUCGAAGCAGAACAGACUUAAACUGUCGCUAUUCGUCUCUCUCAUUUAUGCUGGCGGAAAAUAAAGCCUUUAUUGUGCCUAUGAAAGAAUGUGAAGAUUUUAAGAAAUAAAUUGAAGGAAAAAAUAAACGGCCACCACCGUUUAUUACCGUUUUGUACAACUUAUAAUUUUCCUCCUUUCAAAAGCACUGGUCGAAUUUCCGGGAUAACAGACCGGGCAAUGCGACACUGGAAUUGCUUUUUAUACGUUUAUAAUUGAAGAAUUCAGAUAGUUUUAGUCAUGUGGUCUGUUUUGGUCAUCAGCCAACGUCUCAACGACGAGAAUCUAAUGAAUUAUGAAAGAAGCUUUAUGAAGUUAUGCCUAUCUCCCCACGGUUUUGAGAUAUAGGACAUGAGAGGCGCGGGUUCGUCUUGUCUACCUUCUGAGUAGCAUUCUUCAAUUUAGAGCUGGCCUCUGAAUUGGAAAAAUCAUGAAUGCCCCUCCAUCAACUGUACUACGCAUAUUUUGCGAGUAUUAGCUGGAGAAUCCAUUGGGUGAUGAAAUUGUAUGUAUAGUAGUGCAAUUGCAAUUGUAAAUGUACAAAUUGGUGAAAAAUGGGAAAUGAUGGAAGUGAUAUUGGAAGACCAAAUCAAUAAUCAAGACCAAAUUAAUUCGGGAGAGAGGGGACUAUUUAUUUCUACUUUUAUCAUUUCCCUGAUUCUGAAUUAAUGGAAAUUAAAAACAGUCAUUGGCAAAUCCUAUUUGUGGCUUUUUCCAAUUUGAUUAGUUGAAGGUGACGAUCGAAAUAUUUCAUAUUAACUUUUCUAGUAUUAAAUAGUCAAUAAGGCUGUAGGAGAAAUUGUAUAACUUGAUGUUUUGAGUCAUUAAUAAAGACAUGCACACUUUU